ACAAAGGUCGCGCACUCCGAGAUAACAUGGCGGUCCCCCUCUUCUCCCUGUUGGUAUGAUCCGGGACAAAGGUCGCGCACUCCGAGAUAACAUGGCGGCCCCCCUCUUCUCCCUGUUGGUAUGAUCCGGGACAAAGGUCGCGCACUCAGAAACAACAUGGCGGCCGCGACGUUUCUGAGGGAGAAACUUUUCAGAUCCUUCAAAACUCAGAGGUCAUGGAUCCACAGCUCGGGGGUCCUUCCCCAGACCGGACCCCCCCCCCAGGCCCGGUUCUUCCCUCCGGCUGAAGGCCCGAUGCUGCCCACAGGAAGCUUCACCAACCGGGUGGCCUUCAUCACGGGGGGGGGCACAGGGCUGGGCCGCGCCAUGACCACAACGCUGUCCCAGCUGGGGGCGACGUGCAUCAUCGCCAGCAGGAAGUUAGACGUUCUGCAGCAAACAGCCGAGGAGAUCAGCAGCCAGACCGGGAACAAGGUCCAUGCAGUGCAGUGUGACGUCAAAGACCCGGAGGCCGUCUCUCGAUGUGUGGACCAGGUCGAGGCUCUGACGGGACUUCCUGAUGUGGUAAUCAACAACGCAGCAGGAAACUUCGUGUGUCCGUCAGAACGUCUGACGCCUAACGGCUGGAAGAGCAUCACUGACAUCGUUCUGAACGGAACCGCCUUUGUGACCCUGGAGCUGGGUCGCAGGCUGAUCCAGAACCAGAAGGGCGCCUCCUUCCUGGCCAUCACCACCAUCUACGCAGAGUCUGGAUCCGGCUUCGUGGCUCCCAGCGCCUCGGCCAAGGCAGGAGUCGAGGCGCUCUACAAGUCUCUGGCGGCGGAGUGGGGUCGCUAUGGCCACCGGUUCAACAUCAUUCAACCCGGACCAAUCAGAACCAAGGGGGCCUUCAGCCGUCUGGACCCCACCGGAGCCUUCGAAAAGGCGAUGAUCGGUCGGAUCCCCACGGGUCGCCUCGGGAUGCCCGGAGAGAUCGCUAACCUGGCGGCGUACAUGAGCAGCGAGUUUGCCACCUGGAUGUCCGGAGCUGUGAUCCGGCUGGACGGGGGGGAGUACGUGUCGAUGGCCGGAGAGUUUAACGAGCUGCGGCGGGUGACCCCGGAGCAGUGGAAGACGAUGGAGGCGAUGAUCAGAGACACCAAAGGAUCCUAAACACAGCGACCAGUCAGAGCGCAGAGUUCCUUCUGAUGUCAUCAUUAUGAGACGAUGUUGAUGUUUUGAUACGAUUGAUCUUUUAGCUUGUAGCAGUCUUACUGCACAUGCUCAGUGUGAACACUUAUAAAACUCUUGCGUUUAUUUUGGUUUAGAUUUUUUUUGCAGUGUAUAAUGCCACACACACACACACACACUAGUUCACUUAUCAUUACUAACAUCUGUGCUAUUGUUAAUUCAUCUGCCGCUUGUAAAUCGCAGCUGUCUGAAUUUUAUUAAAACGCGUCUGCAGUUUUUCUAUUAUUCAUUUUUUGCCAUUGUUGUGGAAAUUCCACAAUGAAUCACCUUCUGGUUAUAAAUGAACAAAUAAAGAACAAAUAAAGAAGUUUAAACCAAA